AUGAAUUCUGAAACAAGCUUCUUAACUCCACCAGUCUUCAAUGGUGAGAAUUAUCAAGCUUGGGAAAUUAGAAUGAUGGUUCAUCUUGAAGCGCUAGAUCUCUGCGAAGCAGAAACUAUUAAAGACUAUGCAGACAAACUACUCGACUUGGCAAACAAGGUGAGACUGUUCGGUAAGGAUUUCACUGAUGAAAGAAUUGUUCAAAAGAUUCUUGUUACACUUCCUGAGAAAUAUGAAGCCACAAUUUUUUCUUUAGAGAAUUCUAAAGAUUUGUCAAGCGUUACCUUGGCAGAACUUGUUAAAGGUUUGCAGGCAUUAGAGCAAAGGAGAUUAAUAGGGAAACAAGGUUCUGUUGAAGGUGCUUUUCAAGCUAAUUCACUGAACAACAAGUCAAACAAAGGAAGGAAAAAGAACAAGACGCAGAGGCCAAGCAUUAAUUACAACAAACAUGGAGGAAGUCAGCCUCCCUGCCCUCAUUGCAAAAAGACAAAUCACUCUCAACAGAAAUGUUGGUGGAGACCAGACGUCAAGUGCAACAAAUGUGGUCAAUUAGGCCAUGUGGAGAGGGUAUGCAAGUCACAACCGCAACAAGAAGAAUCUAAGGCUGCAGUAAAUCAAUAUCAAGAAGAGCAAUUGUUUGUAGCAACUUGUUUUGCUAGCAAAAACGCUUCUAAAAGUUGGUUAAUUGAUAGUGGAUGCAUAAAUCAUAUGACCAGCAACCAAGAACUCUUUAAAGAUCUAGAUAGAUAUUUUAUUUCCAAAGUGAAAAUUGGAAAUGGAGAAUAUCUUGAUGCGAGAGGCAGAGGAACUGUUGCAAUUGAAAGCCUUACAGCAAUUAUCAAGUUGGAAAAUAACUCAGAACUAUGGCACAAAAGACUCAGACAUUUUCAUCACGAUGCUAUACUCUUCAUGAAAGAAAAUAAACUAGCAAAAGGUCUUCCAAGCCUUGAGAAGAACCUGUCUGCUUGUGAAGCUUGUCAGUAUGGGAAGCAAGCAAGGUUGCCUUUUCAGAAUUCAUCAUGGAGGGCAAAGCAGAAUCUGCAACUUAUUCACACGGAUGUAGGCGGACCUCAGAAAUCACCAUCUUUAAAGGGUAGUAAGUACUAUAUUGCCUUUAUUGAUGAUUGUACCAGAUAUUGUUGGAUUUAUGUUUUGAAUUAUAAAUUUGAGGUCGCUGAUGUAUUCUGGAAAUAUAAGGCUUUUGUGGAAAAUCAGAGUGGUUGCAGAAUUCAGGUGAUAAGAUCCGACAAUGGAACUGAGUAUACUUCAGAAAAAUUCAACAAGUUUUGUAAUGAAGCGGGAAUUGAGCAUCAGCUAACAACACCAUAUACUCCCCAACAAAAUGGAGUAGUGGAAAGAAAAAAUAGGACGCUAAUGGAGAUGACAAGGUGUUUGCUCCAUGAGAAAGGACUGCCAAAGAAAUUUUGGGCUGAAGCUGCAAAUACAGCAAUAUUUCUGCUAAACAGAUUGCCAACUAAGGCCUUGCAAAAGAAAACACCAUUUGAGGCUUGGUUUGGAUACAGCAGUCUCUCAAAAGCUUAUAGGAUCUAUCAACCUCAAAAUGACAAAAUCAUUGUUAGGAGGGAUGUCAAGUUUGUGGAAAAUGACACCUGGAGCUGGCAAAAUGAUGAAAAGCAAAAAAAUCUAGAAUCUCUAGAUGAAGAUAUUGAUGAUAUACCUAUUAGAGGCACAAGAGCACUUUCUGAUAUAUAUCAAAGGUGUAAUAUUGCAAUUUUAGAACCAGGAGGAUUUAUGGAGGCUGCUAAAGAUGAAAAAUGA